AUGAGCGCUCGAUUUUUGAGCUCAUACCCGAACAACAAACGCCAACUCGAAGCUAUCAUCGUUGUACCACCUGGCGUGCCGAUGACGGUUGCCAUGAGUUCGGAUGAAUUUGACGACGAUAUAGCUGACGAGGACUUAAACACCGCCUUUGACCAGGUAUCGUCCUCUAAUGCCCGAUUAAAUCAGUCUUCUUCUUCCUCGAAUGGACAGACGGCCGGAAAAAAGCAUUCGGUGAACCAUAAUGUGGCAGCAGAGUUAGAAGGCUUGCCCGACGAUGCCUUUUCUUCUCCCGAGCCGCCGCCGACCCAGUUUCGGGCGAAUACGAUCCAGGCUGCGCCACGCGCCGGCCUGCAGCGAUCCGAGUCCGGAGUUUAUAGACAGACAACCCUCUUUGGAAAGCCGCUCGGUGACACCAGCAGCCAACUACAGGAUUCCAAUGUCACCAGAGUUUUUCGCGCCGACUUGCCCCGGGAAGAGCCGAGCCAUCAUGAACUAGAUAAGCAAGCCAUGGAAACAUGGGUAUAUCCUACGAACUUGGGAGCAACCCGAGACUACCAGUUCAGCAUUGUGAAGAACAGUCUAUUCAACAACACUCUGGUUGCGCUGCCCACUGGCCUUGGAAAAACAUUCAUCGCUGCGACGGUGAUGCUUAAUUACUACCGAUGGACAAAGAAGGGAAAGAUUGUUUUUGUUGCUCCUACAAAACCCCUGGUGGCUCAGCAAAUUGACGCUUGCUACAGCAUCGCGGGCAUACCAAGAUCGGACACUACGUUACUUACAGGCGACAUUCAGCCUGUUCUACGCGAAGAGGAGUGGCAGAAGAGGAGGGUGUUCUUCAUGACACCACAAACGCUUCUCAACGACCUGUCGCAUGGAUACGCGGACCCCAAAAGCAUCUGCCUCAUCGUGAUCGACGAGGCUCACCGCGCCGUCGGGGAGUACGCGUAUGCUAAAGUCGCAAAAUUAAUCCGACGAUUUUCAAAAAGUUUUCGAGUGCUCGCCUUGACGGCUACCCCGGGCUCGAAAAUCGAAACAGUACAAGAAAUUAUCGACAACCUUGGAAUAUCGCACUGCGAAAUUCGUACAGAGGACUCGAUUGACAUUCGUCAAUAUGUUCAUGACAGAAACAUUGAACUAGUCGUGCUCGACCCCUCCGACGAGAUGAAUCUUGUUUGUGAACUAUUUUCAGAGGCACUGAAGCCGCUGUUGGAUAAACUGAGUGCGCAAAAUAUUUGGUACGGAAAAACUCCGAUGUCGAUAUCUACAUUUGGUUUACUGCAAUCGCAAAAAGAGUGGAUGGCGACAAGAGGCAAACAUGUCAACCAAGGCGUUCAAUUUAUGAUGCGCGCCAUUUUCAGCGUUCUCACGAGCUUGGCACAUUCGAUCAAACUUUUAAAUUUUCAUGGUAUCAAACCAUUCUAUGACAAUCUAGUGGAUUUUCGAAGCGAUCAGGAGGACAAGGGCCAAAAGGGCUCCAAGUACAAGCGGCAACUGAUCGAACACCCAAGCUUCCAAGACAUGAUGAAUAAGAUUGCCAGCUGGAUGAAACGAGACGGCUUCGUUGGACAUCCCAAACAAACAGCCUUGGCUGACGCGGUCUUGAAUCAUUUCAUGGACCGGGGUGAGGACUCUGGGACACGCGUCAUCGUGUUCAGCGAAUAUCGAGAUUCUGCGGAAGACAUUGUCCGCCUGCUGAAUUUGCAUCAGCCGCUGGUCAAGGCUAGUGUUUUUGUUGGCCAGGCGGCUGGGAAGCGAGGCGAAGGCAUGAAGCAGGCGCAGCAGAUCCAGACGAUUGAAAAGUUCCGCAGUGGCCAUUUCAAUGUGCUGGUCGCUACGUCCAUCGGCGAAGAAGGGUUGGAUAUCGGACAGGUGGAUCUCAUUGUCUGCUACGACUCGUCGUCAUCUCCAAUUCGCAUGCUACAGCGUAUGGGACGAACCGGUCGAAAACGAGCGGGAAAUAUUGUGCUGCUAUUGAUGCGAGGCAAGGAGGAAGAGCAGUUUGCAAAAUCCAAAGACAACUACGAAAAGAUGCAAACCUUGAUCUGCGAAGGCAGCCGGUUCAACUUUCGCUUCGACCUGUCAACGCGCAUCGUGCCUCGCAACAUACGACCCGAGGUGGACAAGAGACAUGUUGAGAUUCCUGUGGAAAACACGCAAGACAAGUCGCUACCGGAGCCCAAGAAGAAGCGAGCUGUGGCGGGAAAGAAGAAGGCACCGAAGAAGUUUCACAUGCCGGACGGUGUUGAAACUGGCUUUCGGAAAGUAACGGAUUUCAUGAAUGGUCCGGGCCAGAAGACGAAGAAGGCCGAACCGAAGCGCAACCCCGAACUGGACGACUUGAGUAAAGUACCAGAGUUUGAUAACGUGGUUCUCAGCAAGGAACAGCUUAAGGAGCUCAAUCGAUCCUACCGUGACCUGCCUUUUAACCAGAGCACAUAUGAGGAGACGGACUUGCUUAGCAUGACUGCUUACCCCGAAUCACAACGACGCCUGGGUCCAACGUGGUUGCUCAAACACGGCCCGCAUACCAAGCGGUUCGUCAAGAUGCUGCAUACCAUGAGCACCAACCCAGACAAGUUGGUCCGAGCAUGCCGACACAGCGACGGUAGCGCAUACCAAGAGAUUCCAGUUCGACGAUUUGUGGCAUCUGAUGGAGAGUCGGAGGCGGACGACGAAGUAGUCACGGUGGAACCACAAAAUGCAAGGCGAGACUCGUCUGGUUCAACAGGAAGCCUACCGGACCUGAUAGAGGUUCGGCGGACGGCUGUCAAGGCGGCGUUGGCAGACAUGGCCGCCGAGGCCGAAACAGACGGCGACGACGGCCCCAGAAGAAAGAAACGUAAAACGACCAAGAAAGGCGGCAAGAAGAAGGACAAGCAGAAGGGCGAAGGAAAAACGGCGGUCAACCUCCUGGAGGAAAUGGGCGACGAUUGUGACAGGACCAGUGAUAUUUUGGACACGGAUGGGUCAGACACCGGUGGUGACUUGGAAGGCUUUGUCGUCUCUGACAAUGUGCCCACGUCAAGCAUGGGGCAUUCACAACCAACGUCGCCCAUGUCGACUGGCCAGGUGACGCCUCGAGGCGCCGCCAACAAGUCCAAGCCCUUUUUCGAACCCACGGCCUUUAACGCAACGCAGGAGAGUGAAGGUGUGCCUGAGCUGGGCUCCAUUGUGGGAUCAAUUGGCAAAACAAAGCCGUCGGGCAACGACGUGGUCGCUAGACGGGCUGGGCGUAGGCGAGGAGUGGUGUUGGAUGAUUCGGAUGGUGAGAUGGACUGGCUUUAG